AAAUACACAUUGCGCAGUAUUGCAAUACACAGUUGAAAUUCGCCAAUAAACGACUCGGGCAAGGCUUAAGACAAUUGCAGAAAGAUACCUACACUUGAAUUACUCACCGUAGUGAAUAAGUAUAGCGACAGUGUGGUUGAUUUACUGUCAGUGUUGAUAUCACAUCACGAGAUAUAACUGCUCUUGGUUCACGAUUCUGUUAUUGACGCAUGAAUGACGGAGCUGUGAAUAGAAUCAAAGAUAUAAAAAUAAAAUUUUAGGUCGAUAGUAGGUUACUUCUGCCACCAUGUCAAGAUACCGUAUCAAGAUUCCAAUUUUCAACGAGGAAUGGCGCAAUUAUUUUCUCAGCACACACUUUUUGGCUCCAGCGUUAAAUUGGGCCAUACCGAUUUCUUCAAUUCUUGACAUGACAAAGGAUCCAAAAUACAUUAGCGGUAACAUGACAGUAGGCGGCCGGCCCCCUAGCUGCUCCACGGAUGAUGGGCUCCUAUUAUGGAUUCCGAAGAAACACGCAAACAACGCGCAGCUGGGGAUAUUUAUUCCCAGUCUCAUUCCCCCUUCUGCACUUUUACCCUACGCCCUGAAAUGGUGAGCAAAAUUCUCGAAGGCUCGGUCUCUCGAUCCCUGAUAUUUUGUACGCAUUGUAUUUUCGAAAGGAAGUAUAUAAAAUCAAGUGGCUCUGUGAUUGUAAAAUCGAACUGAUUGGAAAAAUUGUAUUUAAACUUUGAAAGUUUUUUUCUUACUAUUAUUUG